CAAUUUAAAUUAUCACAUUAAACAAAUCGAAACUCGUUACUAUGGUCACUAAUUUAUUCAUAUGCGUUUAAGCAAAUGCUUUGUCAAUGGAUCCAAAUGUUAGAUGUCAGUUCACUUCUUGCUCUCAAUCUCUUUGUUUACAUAAUUUGUUUUCUUCAUUCUUCUAAUUAAUUCCAAUAUUUUGUGUCAAUUUCAUUGAAUUAAUGUCUAUUCUUGUAUAAUGUCCACUCUCACCGGUCAUUAUUGAUAAAAUAAUGCAAGUUAAUAAUCUAAAUCCUGUUAACAGUAACAGUAUUGGAAACAAUAAUAGUCAAUGUAAUACAAACAAACCAAUCAAAUGUGUAGUUGUUGGUGAUGGUACAGUCGGUAAAACUUGUCUUCUAAUCAGUUACACUACGGAGGAAUUUCCUGGUGAAUAUGUUCCCACCGUAUUUGACAAUUAUUCGGCAUCUUUGAUAUUUGAAGGAAUGACCAUUACCCUUGGACUAUGGGACACCGCUGGACAAGAAGAUUAUGAUCGACUUCGACCCUUAAGUUAUCCACAAACCGAUGUUUUUAUUAUUUGCUAUUCUGUUGUGUCACCAUCUUCAUUUGACAAUAUUCUCACCAAAUGGUAUCCAGAGAUUAGACAUCAUUGUCCAGAUACACCGAUUCUCUUGGUUGGUACCAAGAUUGACCUAAGAGAAGACAAUGAGACACUUAACUAUUUAAGCUCCCAAGGAUUGGCACCGAUUAAACGUGAACAAGGUACCAAAAUGGCGUCCAAAAUUCGAGCUUGCAAAUACCUUGAAUGUUCAGCAUUAACCCAACGAGGUGUUAAACAAGUAUUCGAUGAAGCAGUUCGAUCAGUUCUAAAGCCUUUAGCUUCUCAUCCCUAUCACAAUAACAAGAAAUUGUGUAAUAUUAUGUGAUCUCUAAUCCAAUUAGCUAAUCUGGAUUUCUCUCUUAAUCAUCAUCAACACCACAAAUUAAGGAAACCAAUGUUGCCACAAUCUUAGCAAAAUCAAUCUAAUUAACCAUAAUCAUCAAUAUUUUAUCCUUGUCUCCUUUACAAGUUUAACUUUCUUAUUCUCCCUGAAUGUUACACCUUAAUAAUUGUGUACUACUCUUGUCAAUGGUAGUAAAUCAUUUAUCCAUUAAUAUGAUAUAUUUAAAGGAUAAUUGUUUACACACCGAAAACCACACAACAACAAAAGCCAUAAUUACCUUCGUCUUUUAAUUUAUAUUUAACUUUUGUCAGAGGAAAUGAAUUGAAAAGGAAAAGAAAAGAAAAACAUUCUAAAUAAUUGAAUUAUUUUCUUUUUCUUAAAAAUUUUUCCAAAUUUUCGAUCAUAAAUUUACCUUUUAAUCGAUUCUAUUUGUAUUACACUCGACCAACAAAUUGUAAUUGUAAAUUGUUAGCAAUUAGUUUAAUCUUUUCCUCUCUUCGAACCACUUUCUGUACUUUUGGAUCCAAACAAAUCCACACUCACAAACAACACAAACAUAAACAUAUAAAUACUCAUACAUACAA